CCGCGACCCCCGGAGCCCCCCCGGCCUCCCCCCGGGCCCCCCGAGCCCUCGGGGCCGUGCGGGGCCCCCCCCGCCCCACCGGCGACACGAUGGUGACGAUCCUGAGCACGGUGGAGGCGCAGGCUCCCAGCGCCGCGGGGCCCUCGGGCUGCGGCCCCGUCCCCGUCCCCGUCCCCGUGGUGGCCGUGCCGGGCCCGGGGGUGGCGGCGGCGCUGCCCAACGGGGCCCCCCCGGGCCCCCCCCCCGUGGCCGACGACAGCAAAACGAACCUGAUCGUGAAUUACCUGCCGCAGUCCAUGAGCCAGGAGGAGCUCAGGAGCCUCUUCGGCAGCCUCGGCGACAUCGAGUCCUGCAAGCUCGUCAGGGACAAGGUCACCGGGCAAAGCCUGGGCUACGGCUUCGUCAACUACGUGGAGGCCGGGGACGCCGACCGCGCCAUCGGGGCCCUCAACGGGCUCAAGCUGCAGACCAAGACCAUCAAGGUGUCCUACGCCCGGCCCAGCUCCGCGUCCAUCCGCGACGCCAACCUGUACGUGAGCGGGCUGCCCAAGGCCAUGGGGCAGAAGGAGAUGGAGCAGCUCUUCUCGCAGUACGGCCGCAUCAUCACCUCCCGCAUCCUCGUGGACCAGGUCACAGGUGUGUCCCGGGGCGUGGGCUUCAUCCGCUUCGACAAGCGCGUGGAGGCCGAGGAGGCCGUGCGGGGGCUGCACGGGCAGAAGCCCCUCGGCGCGGCCGAGCCCAUCACGGUCAAGUUCGCCAACAGCCCCGGGCAGAAAUCGGGGGGGGCCCUGCUGAGCCUGUGCCCCGGGGCCCGGCGCUACGGGGCCCUGCACCCCCCCCCGCAGCGCUUCCGCCUGGACAAUUUGCUGAACGUGGCCUACGGGGUGAAGAGCCCGCUGUCGCUGCUGCCCAGGUUCUCCCCGCUGGCCAUCGAGGCGGUGCCGGCGCUGGCCGGGGUGGGCCUGGGCACGCCCGGGCCGGGCUGGUGCAUCUUCGUCUACAACCUGGCGCCCGAGGCGGACGAGAGCGUCCUGUGGCAGCUCUUCGGGCCCUUCGGCGCCGUCACCAACGUCAAGGUGAUCCGCGACUUCGCCACCAACAAGUGCAAGGGCUUCGGCUCCGUCACCAUGACCAACUACGAGGAGGCGGCCAUGGCCAUCGCCAGCCUCAACGGCUACCGCCUGGGCGAGCGCGUGCUGCAGGUGUCCUUCAAGACCACCAAGCAGCACAAGGCCUGAGGGACCUUGAGGGACACCAUGGACGCCAUGGAGACCGUGGAGAAACCCGACUUGAGACCUCGGGGACCUGCAGGGACCUUCAGGGACCCCCAUGGGCACCAUGGAAGAACUCGGCUGGAGAUCUCGGGGACCUUCAGGGACCUUCAGGGACACCAUGAGCACCAUGGAGACCAUGGAGAAACUCACAUGAAGACCUGGAGACCUCAGGGUCCCCCCCAUGGACACCAUGGAGACCACGGAGAAACCCAGCUGGAGACCUUGGAGACCUUUGGGGACCCCCAUGAGCACCAUGGAGAAACCCACUUGGAGACCUUGGGGACCUUGAGGGACCUUCAGGGACCCCUGU